CUCCCGUCGUUCCAAGUAACUUUUCGCAUGUGACAGCAGCCACACCCUGCUACACUGCUCUGACAGGCAGGCUAGACCGGGUGAGGGUAGCUGGGGGACCUCAUACCCUGGUGAGAUAGGGACAUGCCUGUCCGAGCACACAACAUCAGCUCCAGUGGACAAGCGGGUGAGACCUACAGUGAGAUCCAAUGGCCAGGAAGGUGGUUCUAUAUUCCGUGGAGAGCAAAGGGACGACAAGGAAGAGAACGUGUCAUGGUCAUCUACUGCAACCAAGGAAGACACAAGUUCUGAUGACUACUCGUCCCACUGGACCCGGACCUCCGAAGUUGAGAGAGUGGAUCGUCCCAGUGCAACAGCUUUUCCACCAGAAAUUCUCCUGCAUAGGUUUCCUGUCAUCAUUGGAUACGAUGGACACAUCAACCAUGAUCUGAAGGCGUGAUGAGGGUGCUGGUUGUGCUGGUGUUCCUGGGAGCCAUCCCGCUUGGCUCCAGUCAAGAGGAGUACCUCACAUUGGAGCCGUUCGAGGAGGAGACCGUGCUCCCAGAUCUGGUCGUCAAGGAGGAAGUGGAGGAGGAGAUUCUGGGAACGCCAGUUCAGAGACUUGCCUAUUCCAUCUCUGAAUUCGGCUACGAUCUUUACCGGCUGGUGGCCAACUCGGAUCCCAGAGCCAACGUCUUCCUGUCUCCCCUGAGUGUGGCCUCGAGCCUGUCUGCACUGUCACUUGGUGACCUUUCCAGAGUGAAGGAACUGGUGCAGCAAACCCUGAACUAUGGAUCACUGCAGGACCUGGAUGUGCACCGCGUGUUCAAGGACCUACUGGCUGAGAUCAGUGCCCAGCCCAAGCAGUUCAGAACGGCCGCACGCAUAUACAGCAAGCAAAAACUGAGGAUGCGGGCUGCCUUCAUGAAUCAGGUCAGUCAGUUCUACGGCUCCCGACCCAAGGCCCUCACUGGGAACACACCUGCGGACAUCCGGAACAUCAACCAGUGGGUGAGAACACAGACAGACAGACACAUCACUCAGGCCAUCAGCACCAUCCCACACAGCCUCAGCCUGCUCCUACUCAGCGCCACACACUUCAGCGGGAAGCUGGUGACGAGCUUUAACUCGGCCAACACGCAUCUGCAGACAUUCCGGACCGGAUCCAUGCAGGAGGUGGACAUUCCAAUGAUGACCAGUCCACACUACCCGAUGCGUUACGGCUACGAUUCGGAGUUGCGCUGUAAGAUCGGCCUGUUCCCGUACCAGGGUGACGUCAGCCUGUUGGUCUUCCUGCCCAGCGGCCCCCUGUACAACAUGACCGGGAUCGAGGACAGCCUGACCCCUGUAUUUGUCCAUGACCUUGUCAGCCAGCUUCAGUCGGUCUGGGCCAGUGUCUCCCUCCCCAGGCUCAAAAUUAACUCCAGACUGGAGCUGAAGAAUGUACUGGCAGACAUGAAUCUGAGUCCUCUCUACACCUCGUCCGUGCUGAAGAAGCUCUCCCCCAUCCCCGUCUCCAUCUCCAGCAUCACCCACACAGCCUCCCUGUUGCUGGAUGAAAAGGGGACGCAGGACACUGACCUCAGCAACCCUACCAGCCCUCGGCUCAACCUCGAGUUCCACGUCAACCAACCCUUCAUCCUGGUCGUGUAUGACAAUGCUUCCGGCUCUCUGCUGCACAUUGCAAAGGUCUUCGAUCCCAGGAAUCUGGUGGCAAGCCUGCACACAGGGCUGGCAUAGCAGUGAUCAUCAGCAACACACUCACACCCAGAUGGGAGGAGGCAGCUCCCCUCACCCUCCUCACCCUCCCAUCUCCCUCCAUAUCCUUCCUCACCCUACCUGUCCACACCACCCGCCUCCCUAACCUUCUGCACCCUUCUCCGUCCCAUUUUCCCCUCUUCUCAUCCUUCUCCCCCUCUUCUCAUCCUUCUCCCCCUCUUCUCAUCCUUCUCCCCCUCUCAAUCCAUCCUCAGUCCCCUCACUCAGCCUCUUCAACCCCUGACCCCAAAUGUUCCACCUUUCUCACUGUCCUUUCCAUCACACACUCUCUGUUUCUGUCUGCCUGUCUGUCUCUCUCUGUCUGUCUGUCUCUGUCUGCCUGUCUGUCCCUCUCUGUCUGUCUGUCUGUCCCUCUCUGCCUGUCUGUCCCUCUCUGUCUGCCUGUCUGUCCCUCUCUGUCUCUCUCUGCCUGUCCCUCUCUGUCUGUCUGUCUGUCUCUCUCUGUCUCUCUCUGUCUGUCUGUCCCUCUCUGUCUGCCUCUGUCCCUCUCUGUCUGUCUCUGUCUCUCUCUGCCUGUCUGUCUGUCUCUGUCUCUCUCUGCCUGUCUGUCUGUCCCUCUGUCUGUCUUUCUCUGUCUGUCUGUCUCUCUCUGUCUGUCUGUCCGUCUCUGUCUGCCUGUCUGUCUGUCUGUCUGUCCCUCUCUGUCUGCUGUCUCUGCCCCCCUGUCUGUGAUCCUCUGGUGUUUCCUGUGGGGGCCUGGGCCAUCAUCGUUCCUUUUCACUUCCUCGCUGAUCUGCACAUUGGCUCCAGGCCAGAGCUGACCAUCCCAGACCAGACCACAUGUGUCAAUAAAUCCGACUAUUGUGGGACACCUCUCUAUAAUGUGACCCACACCCUCCACUGACCCAGGAGUGGACAGGUACCACCCACACUGACCCAGGACAGAACAGAUACCACCCACACUAACCCAAGAGAGCACAGAUACGACUCACACUCACCCAGGACUGGAUAUGUACCACCCACACAGACCCAGGACAGAAUAGGCACCACCCACACUGACCCAGGACAGAACAGAUACCACCCACACUAACCCAAGAGAGCACAGAUACGACUCACACUCACCCAGGACAGAAUAGGCACCACCCACACUCACCCAAGAGAGCACAGAUACGACUCACACUCACCCAGGACAGAAUAGGCACCACCCACACUCACCCAGGACAGGACAGAUACCACCCACACUAACCCAAGAGAGCAUAGAUACGACUCACACUCACCCAGGACUGGACAGGUACAGCCCACACUGACCCAGAGCAGGACAAGUGCCUCCCACACCCUCCUGGACUGAUGCUAUCCAUCAUUUCUGCUGGCAUAGUGUAACCCCAGCACAGAACCACUAACACUUUCCACAGAACCCUACAACCACCUUCAGUGUCUGACAACAAUCAAGUGACAACAUUCGAACAGUCACUUCUGUGGGUGAAUUUAUUAACCUUACCUGUAACAUGCAAGUGAUGAAGUAUCAGCAGACAGAAUGCUCCGGAACUGUGCGUAAGAGUGCAAUUAUUUUUUGGGAUUCAGGACACUCUGGUCAGGUGACCUCACCUCCGGGGAGCAUUGUGAGCAGGAAGCCCUCAAGCUGAAUAAAGUAGCAUUAGGGUUAAAGUAGCAAGCACACGGAGAACACAGAUUAUGGAACACACCUCCUCCGAGACAGGGACAGAGUGACACUGUCCCUUCACACACUCCCGGGGUCACACAAAGAGUGAAGCUCCCUCCACACCGUCCCAUCACACACUCCCGGGGUCAGACACAGAGUGAAGCUCCCUCCACACUGUCCCAUCACACACUCCCGGGGUCAGACACAGAGUGAAGCUCCCUCCACACCACCCCAUCACACGCUCCUGAGGUCAGACACAGAGUGAAACUCUCUCCACACCGUCCCACCACACACUCCUGAACCCCCCAACACUGUCCCAUCACACACUCCCGGGGUCAGACACAGAGUGAAGCUUCCCCCACACAACCCCAUCACACACACCCGGGAUCAGACACAGAGUGAAGCUCCCUCCACACCGUCCCAUCACACACUCCCGGGGUCAGACACAGAGUGAAUCUCCCUCCACACUGUCCCAUCACGCACUCCCAGGGUCACACACAGAGUGAAGCUCCCUCCACACUGUCCCAUCACGCACUCCCGGGGUCAGACACAGGGUGAAGCUCUCUCCACACUGUCCCAUCACACACUCCCGGGGUCAGACACAGAGUGAAGCUCCCUCUACACCACCCCAUCACACGCUCCUGAGGUCAGACACAGAGUGAAACUCUCUCCACACCGUCCCACCACACACUCCUGAACCCCCCAACACUGUCCCAUCACACACACCCGGGAUCAGACACAGAGUGAAGCUUCCCCCACACAACCCCAUCACACACACCCGGGAUCAGACACAGAGUGAAGCUCCCUUCACACCGUCCCAUCACACACUCCCGGGGUCAGACACAGAGUGAAGCUCCCUCCUCACUGUCCCAUCACACACUCUGGGGAUCCAUAUUGUCAAGGUAGCCCAUGCUGUGGGCUCUGUUAAGAUCAUGGCUCAGGCCUACUUGUAGGGAUUGAUUUGGUACAGAGAGGGUAGUGGGGAGUGAGGUUUGGAUUAUGACCAGGAUGUGGGAGAGUUUAGGCUUCCACUUCAGUUUCUGUGGUCAGUGCCAGCAACUCAGACUUGUGACAAAUGACACCUGUGAUGGGUGUUGGGCCGGGCUGGCAAGCACUCUGAAUAAUCCUGGGUGAGGAUGAGGCCUGUUUCUUCCCUUUGUCAGCAAUUCCCCUCAGAUCAGCGGGUCCGGGGGCCUGGGGCCUGUGCAGUCAGGAGGCAUAGGUACAGACUCCCUCGCUACACGAGUGGCAAGUCUGCAGUUUGAGGCCUGCUGUUUGGAUCCUGCCUUUGGCAAGUGCUGGAGUCAAUACUGACGAUCGAAACCUGAAGUUUGAAGACCAAAAUCGACAAGUCUGGAUGUGGAAGGUGAUUGCCGACGGCCUUUGGGGAAGAUUAAGGCCCAAUUUCUGCAAUUCCGAGUCCUCUGGAGGCUAGGAGAUGGAACGUCCUGCUGUGGAGGACCAUUGGUGUAUCAGAGUGCGUGGAAUGGAGGAAGGGGGCUCCUCUGCUGUUAAUGUUCCAUUGCUGUUGUUGUGUUCCUGUUCUGCUGAACAUUGAGGAAAUGUUAGGAAAUGUGACACUUUGCCCCUGCUCCCCAAUGCCAAGGGUCGUGGAAUACUACAGCAGAGAAACAGACCAUUCAGCCCAUUCAGUCUGUCCCAUUGACCUGCUCCUGGACCAGAGAUCUCCAUACCCCUCCUAUCCAUGUACCUAUCCAAAUUUCUCUGAAACGUUGAACUCGGCCCUGCAUCCACCACCUGUUUGGGCAGCUCGUUCCACACUCUGAAUGAAGAAGUUCCCUUAAACAUUCCACCUUUCACAGUUCUAGCCCCACCCAAUCUCCGUGGACAAAGCCUGCUUGAUUUAACCCCUCAUAAUGCUGUAUACCUUGAUCAAAUGUCCCCUCAAUCUUCUGCUUUCUAGCAAAUAAAGUUAUAACCUAUUCACUCUUUUCUUAUAACUCAGGACCUCCAGACCUGGCAACAUCUUUGUAAAUUUUCUCUGAACUCUUUCAGUCUAAUUAAUACCUUUCCUGAAGGCAGCUGACCAGAACUACACAUGAUACAUCAAAUUAGGGCUCAGCAACGUCUUACAGAACCUCAACAUGACGUCACAUCUGUCCUCAAAACACUGAUUUAUGGAGGUCAAUGUGCCUUUCUUGACCCUGUGACACCACUUCUAAGGAGUUAUGGAUCUGUAUUCCCAGAUCCCUCUGUUCUACCGCACUCCUCAAUGUCCUAUCGCUCACCGUGUAAGACCUACCCUGGUUUGUCCUCCCAAAGUGGAAACCCCAUAGUGUCUGCAUUCAAUUCCAUCUGCCAUUUUGCGGUCCAUUUUCCCAGCUGGUCCAGAUCCCACUGCAAGCUUUGAUAGUCUUCCUUGCUGUCCACUACAUCCCCAAUCUUGGCGUCAUACACAAAUUUGCUGAUCCAGUUUACCACACUAUCAAGAAUUUCAGGUUGUGUACAGUAUACAUUCUCCGAUAUUAAAUGGAACCAUUGAAUUGAUACAGAUGACCAACAACAACAGACCUAGAAUAAUCCCUGUGUCACUCCACUAGUCACAGGCCUCCAGUCAGAGAGGCAACCCUCUACUACCACUCUCUGGUUUCACCCACAAAGCCAAUGUCUUAUCCAAUUUACUACAUCAUUUUGAAUGAAGAGCAACUGAAGCUUCUUGAUCAACCUCCCAUGUGGGACCUUGUCAAAUCGCUUGUUGUCCAUGUAGACAACAUCAUCAGCCUUGGCUUCAUCCACUUUCCUGGUAACUUCCUCAUAAAACUCUAUCAGAUUGGUUACACAUGACCUACCAUGCACAAAGCCAUGCUGACUAUCCCUAAACAAUCCCUGUCUAUCCAAAUACUUACUAAUCCAGUCCCUUAGAAUACCGUCCAGUAACUUUCCCACUACUGAUGUCAGGCUCACUGGCCAAUAGUUUCCUGGUUUGUUUUUAGAGCCUGUCUUAAACAACAGAACAACAUUAGCUAUCCUCCAGCACUUUAUGCAUGACUAAGAAUGUUUUAAAUAUCUCCGCUAGGGCCCCUGCAAUUUCUGAACUAUCCUCCUACAAGAUCUGAGGGAACAUAUUGUCAGGCCCUGGGGAUUUAUGCACCAUAACUUACCCCAAGACAGCAACCACUGUAAUCGGUACAGGGUCCAUGACCUCUAAACUCAGAGACCAUCAACCGAGUAAAUACAGAUGCAAAAUAUCCAGUUAAGGUCAUUUGGCUCCAUGCAGAGAUUGUCAUUCUGACCUUUCAGAGGACCAAUUUGUUAUCCUCUUGCUCUUAAUAUUCAUGUAGAAUCCCUUCACCUUGUCUGCCAGAGCCACCUUAUGCCCACUUCUAGUCCUCCUGAUUCCUUUCCCAAAUGCUGUCUUGCAUUUCUGGUACUCAUUUGUUCCUGCCUGCCUACACCUGCUAUGCAUCUCCUUUUUCUUUACCAGGGCCUCAAUACCACUGAAAAACCAAGGUUUUCCAAACGUGUUAUUCUUGCCUUUUAUUCGGAUACAAACAUAAAAGUGCUGUACUCUCAAAAUUUCCAUUUUGAAGGCCUCCCACUUGCCAGAUCCUUUCUGAUGCAAUGGGAAUCGGCCUUUCUCCAAUUUAAAACCUCAAUCCGAGGACCCAGACUAUCCACUCCAUAAUUACCUUGAAACUGAUGGCAUUAUGAUCACUAAGUCCAAAGUGUUGCCUUAUACAUUUCAUGUUCAGUUUAAUUGUCACUGAAUCACACACAUGUAUGCAUUCCACUGGGACCAAGAUGCAAAAUACAGUAUAUAUAGUCACACACAACACAUACAGUUAUAAAACCAUAAAACAUAGGAACAGAAUUAGGCCAUUUGGGCCAUCAAGUCUGCUCCGCUAUUUCAUCAUGGCUCAUAAAAUUCUCCUCAGCCCCAAUCUCCUGCUUUCUCCCUGUAUCCAUUCAUGCAGUGACCAAAAGAAUCUAUCAACUUCUGUCUUAAAUAUACAUGGACUUGGCCUCCACAGCUGCCUGAGGCAAAGAAUUCCACAGAUUCAUCACUCUCUGGCUAUAGAAAUUCUUCCUCAUCUUUGUUCUAAAGGGACACACAUCUUUUCUGAUGCUGUGUCCUCUGAUCUUAGACAUUCCCACCAUGGAAACGUCCUCUCCACAUCCACUCUAUCAAGGCCUUUCACCAUUCAAUAGGUUUCAUUUAGGUCAUCCCUCAUUGUUCUGAAUUCCAGUGAAUACAAGCCCAGAAACACCUGACAAUCAUCAUAUGACAAGCCAUUCAACCCUGGAAUCAUUUUCAUGAACUUCUUUCAACCUUCUCCAGUGUCAGCACAUCCUUUCUAAGACAAAGGGCCCAAAACUGCUCACAAUAUCCCAAGUGAGGCCUCACCAGUGCUCUAUAAAGUCUCCUCAUUACAUCUUUGUGUUUAUAUUCUAGUUCACUUGAAAUGAAUGCUAACAUUGCAUUUGCCUUCCUCACCACUGCCUCAACCUGCAAAUUAACCUUUAGGGAAUCCUGCACAAGUCCCUUUGCAUUUCAGGUUUGUUUUGUCUCUCCAUUUAGAAAAUAGUGAAGCUUUUCAUUUCUUCUAACAAAGUGAAUGACUAUACACUUCCCAACACUGUAUUCCAUCUGCCAUUUCUUUGCCCAUUCUCCUAAUCUGUCUAAAUCCUUCUGUAGCCUCUUUACUUCCUCAAAACUACCUGCCCCCCACCUAUCUUCAUAUCAUCUGCAAACUUAGCAACAAAGUCAUCAACUCCAACACCCAAAUCAUUGACAAAGAACAUAAAAAGUAUCGGUCCCAUCACAGACCCCUGUGGAACACCACUAAUUACCAGCAACCAGCCAGAAAAAGCACCUUUAUUCCCACUCUUUGCCUCCUGCCAAUCAGCCACUGCUUUAUCCAUGCUAGAAACGUUCCUGUAAUACCAUGGGCUCAAAGCUUGUUAAACAACCUCAUGUGUGGCACCUUGUCUGAGACCUGAAAAUCCAAGUUCACAUCAACUGAUUCUCCUUUGUCUAUCCUACUUGUUAUGUCUUCAAAGAAUUCCAACAGAUCUGUCAGGCAAGAUUUUCCUUUGAAGAAACCAUGCUGAAUUUGGCCUAUUUUAUCAUGUGCCUCCAAGUACCCUGAGACCUGUAGUUCCCUUUCUCUGCCUCUUUCCCUUCUUGAAGAGUUAGACUAAUAUUUGCAAUUUUCCAGUCUUCUGGAACCAUUCCAGAAUCUAGUGAUUCUUGAAAAAUCAUUAGUAAUGCCUCCACAAUCUCUUCAGCCACAUCUUUCAGAGCACUGAGGUGUAUACCAUCUGGUCCAGCUGACUUAUCUACCUUCAGACCUGUCAGUUUCCCAGGAACCUUCUCUCUAGUAAUGGUAACUUCACACACCUCAUGACCCCUGACACCUGGAACUUACACCAAACUGCCAGUGUCUUCCACAGUGAAGAUUGACGCAAUCAGUUCAUCCAUCGUUUCCUCACCCCCCCCCCCCCCCCGGCCACACACACACCACUACUACCUCUCCAGCAUAGUUUUCCAGCGGUCUGAUAUCCACUGUCACCUCUCUUUUACACUUUAUGUAUCUGAAAAAACUUCUGGUAUCCUCAUUAAUAUUAUUGGCAAGCUUACUUUCGUAUUCCAUCUUUACCUUCUUAACGACUUUUUAGUUGGCUGCUGUUGUUUUUUAAAAGCUCACCAAUCCUCUAACUUCUCACUAAGUUUUGCUCUAUUAUAUGCCCCGUCAUUGGCUUUUAUGUUGGCUUUGACUUCUCUUGUUAGCCAUGGUUGUGUCAUCUUACCUUUAGACUACCUCUUCCUCUUUGGGAUGUAUAUAUCCUGCGCCAUCCAAAUUGUUUCCAGAAACUCCAGCCAUUGCUGCUCUGCCAUCAUCCCUGCCAGUGUUCUUUUCCAAUCAAUUCUGGCCAGCUCCUCUCUCAUGCCUCUGUAAUUCCCUUUACUGCACUGUAAUACUGAUAGAUCUGAGUUUAGUUUCUCCUUCCUAAAUCCAACACAUACAGUGACAAAAUAAUAUUAACAGAAGUCCUUGAGUGACAUGGCCUGAAUUAUUGACUGAUUGACACAAAGUGCAAUGUGCACGUUUAUACAAGAUAUAGGAGAAAAUUAGGCCACUUGUCCCGUCGAGUCUGCUCUGCCAUUCUAUCAUGGCUGAUCUAUUAUCCUUCUCUACCCCAUUCUCCUGCCUCUCUCUCUCUGUAACAUUUGAGAGGACCUAUCAACCUUUGCUUUAAAUACACGCAGUGACUUGGUCUCCACAGCUGUCUGUGGUGAUGAAUUUCACAGAUUCACCACCUCUGGCUGAGGAAAUUCCUCCUCAUCUCUGUUCUAAAUGGACAUCUCUCUAUUCUGAGGCUGUACCCUCUUGUCCUAGACUCUCCAACUAUAGGAAACAUCCUCUUCACAUCCAAACAACAGGAAUUCACAUCCAGCCUAUUUCGGCCUCUCAACAUUCAAUAGGUUUCAAUGAGUUAACCCCACCCCACCCCGUUCUUCUAAACUCCAGCCAGUACAGGCUCAGAGCCAUCAUGUAUUCCUCAUACAUUAACCCUUUCAUUCUCAAACCUCCUCUGGACCCGGUCCAAUGUCAGCACGUCUUUUCUGAGAUAAGGGGCCCAAUACUCUGUGUGGUCUGACCAAUGCCUCAGCAUUACACUCGGGCUUUUACAUUCUAGAUCUCUCAAAAUUAAUACCAACAUUGCAUUUGCCUUCCUUGCUAUUAACUCAACCUGCAAUUUUACCCUUAGGGAAUCCUGCACAAACUCUCCCAAUUCCCUUUGUAACUCUGAUUUUUAAAGUUUCUGCCCAGUUAGUACAUAGUCCACACCUUUAUUCCUCCUGUCAAAGUGCAUGACCAUACACUUCCCUACAGUAUAUUCUAUCUGCCACUUCUUUACCAAUUCUCCCAAUCUGUCCAAGUUCUUCUGCAGCCUCUUUGCUUCCUCAACACAACCUAUCGCUCCACACAUCUUCGUAUCAGCUGCAAACCUGGCCACAAAGCCAUCCAAAUCAUUGACAUAUAACAUAAAAAGAACUGAUCCCAACACCAACCACUGUGGAACAUCAUUAAUUACCAGCAGCCAAUCAGAAAAAGCUCUUUUUAUUCCCACUCUGCCUCCUGCCAAUCAGCAAUUCUGGUAUAUUUCCUGUCAUACCAUGGACUCUAUUAUUAAGCGGUCUCAUUUGUAGCAUCUUGUCAAAGGCCUUCUGAAAAUGCAAGUAAAUGACAUCCACUGACUCCUUUGUCCAUCCCGCCUUUUAUUUCCUGAAAGAAUUCCCACUGGUUUCUCAGCCAAGAUUUCCCCUUAAGGAAGCCUUGCUGACUUUGGCCUACUUUAUCAAGUGCCUCUAAAUACUUAGUAAUGGACUCCAACAUCUUCCCAGCCACUGAAGCCAGCAGAACUGGCCUAUAGUUUUCUUUCUCUUGCCUCCCUCUCUUCUUAAAGUGGAGUGACAUUUGCAAUUUUCUAGUCCCCCGGAGCCAUUCCAGAAUCUAGUGAUUCAUGAAAGAUCAUUACUAAUGCUUGCACAAUCUUUACAGCCACCUCUUUCAGAACCCUGGGGUGUGCUGAUCCAGGUGACUGACUUACCUUUAGACCUUUCAUCCUUCCAAGCACCUUCUCCUUAGUAAUAGCAACUACACUCUCUUCCACCCCCCGACACUCUUGAAUUUCUGGCACACUGUGAGUGUCUUCCAUGGUGAAGACUGACUGAAAUCAUCCACCAUUUCCUGUCCUUCAUUACUACCUCUCCAGGGUGAUUUUCCAGCAACCUGAUAUCCACUUUUGUCUCUCUUUCAUUCUUCAGAUAUCUGAAAAAAACAUUUGGUUUUCUCUUUUUCAUUAUUGGUUAGCAUACCUUCAUAAUUCCUCUAUCUCUCCUUAUGGAUUUUUAGUUGGUUUUUAAAAGCUUCACAAUCCUCUAACUUUCCACUAUUUGUUGUUAUAUUCCCUCUCUUUUCCUUUUAUAGUGUCUGACUUCCCUUGUCAGUGUCAUCGUCUCAUUAGAAUACAUCUUCAUCUUUGGAAUCCUGCACCUUCCGAAAUGCUCCCAGAAACUCCAGCCACUUCUUUUCUGCCAUCAUCCCCAUCAGUAUUCCCCUUCCAGUCAACCUUGGCCAUCUCCUCUCUCAAGCCUCUGUAAUUCCCUUAACUCCACUGUAAUACUGAUACAUCUGACUUUAUCUCCUCUCUCUCUCUCAAACUCAGGGUGAAGUCUGUCAUAUUAUGAUCACUACCUUCCAAGAGUUCCUUUACCUUAAGAUCCAUAAUCAAAUCUGGUUCAUUACCCAACCCCAAAUCCAGAAAUGCCUUUCCCCUCGUGGGCUCAACCACAAGCCACUCUGCAAAGAUAUUUCACAGACAUUCUACAAAUUCCCUCACUCAGUAUCCAGCACCAACCUGAUUUUCCCAAUCUACCUGCAUAUUGAAAACAACUAUGAGGAUCGUAACAUUGCUCUUUUGACAUGCAUUUUCUAUCUCCUGUUGUACCUUGUAGUGCACAUCCUGGCCACUGUUUGGAGGCCUGAACGUAACUCCCAUCAGGGUCUUUUUACCCUUGCAGUUUCUUAACUCUACCCACAAGGAUUCUACAUCUUCCAUUCCUAUGUCACCUCUUUCUAAAGAUUUGAUUUCUUUUUUGUACCAGUAGAACCAUACCAGCCCCUCUCCCUACCUAUCUGCCCCUUUGAUACAAUGUGUAUCCUUGGAUUUUAAGCUCCCAACUAUAAUCUUCUUUCAGUCACAGCUCAGUGAUACCCAGAACAUCAUAGCUGCCAACCUCUAACUGCGCUACAAGAUCAUCUGCCUUACUCCGUAUACUGUGUGCUUUCCAAUAUUACACCUUCAGUCCUGCAUCCGUCACCCUUUUUCAUUUUCCCCUUGUUACACUUUAACAUCCCACACACUGCAAUCUUGCUUUAUCUGCCUGUCCUUCCUGACAGUCUCACUGCACACUGCCCCCUGUCCUGUCCUCAGGCCUGUCACUCUGGUUCCCAUCCCCCUGCCUAUUUAGUUUAAACCCUCCUGAACAGCUCUAGCAAACUUGCCCAUAAGGAUAUCGGACCCCUAGGGUUUAGGCAUAAUCUGCACCUUUUGUACAGGUCACACCUUCCCCAGAAGCCAUCCUGAUGAUCCAGAAAUCUGAAACCUGCCCCUGUACCAGUUCCUCAUUCGCACAUUCGUCUACUCCUCUAACUAUAGAAUCCACUAUCACUACUGCAGUUCUCCUCUCCCCGCUUCAUUUCUGAGCCACAGCACCAGUCUUGGUACCAGAGACCCAGUGACGCAACUGCCCCCAUCAACAGUCUCCAAAGUGGUAUAAUUAUUAUUGAGGGGAAUGGCCACGGGGUACUCUGCUCUGGGGGCAUAUUCCCUUCCCACUCCUGACAGUCACCCAGGUACCUGCCUCCUGCAGCUUAGGGGUGACUGUAGCUGCUAUCUCUCCUCACUUAAGUCUUUCAGACACAGAGUGAAACUCCCUCUGCACCGUCCCAUCACAAACUCCUUCCACACUGUCCCAUCAAACACUCCCAGGGUCAGAUACAGAGUGAAGCUCCCUCCACACUGUCCCAUCACACACACAGGUGGUCAGACACAGGGUGAAACUCCUUCCACACUGUCCCAUCACACACUCCCGGGGUCAGACACAGAGUGAAACU